AUGUUUAAUUGUUUUUUAUGUACUGAAAAUAAAUUUACUUCUACAAACCAGUAUAUAUGGCAUCUAAAGGUUUAUCACAACUUAGAUUCUCAAUCACUUUAUACAUGCAAACAGGAUAAUUGUUUUAGAGAUUUUCUCGGCUUACAUAAAUUUAGGCAACAUUUAAAUAGAACACAUGCAAAUAAAAGUAAUUCAAUUACACAACUGAACGUAGAAAUUGAUGGACCUUUAGAAAAUGAUUCAGGUAGUACUGCUUUUGAUCCAAAUAUUACAAAUGAAAAUAGUUUUGGAAAAAAUAUAAUUAAUUGCACGUUUAAAGAUAUUGUUACAAAUAAUGUUUCAAGUUUUAUUGCCAAGUUAUAUUCAAAGCCAAAUGUAACUGAGACAUUACUUCAAGAAAUAGUUGAAGGAGUUAAUGAAUUAUUUUCCAAUGAAAUUAUAACUCAUUUAAAAAAAAAAGUUUUUUCUGUUUUAACUAACUAUGAUACUUCUAAAAAAACUGAAAUAGAGGAAAUGUUUAAUGUUCUCGAAAAUCCUUUUUUGGAGUUCAAAACCAAACAUUUGCGAAUAAAAUAUUUUGAAAAUCAUAAUUUAUUUUUUAAACCCACAACAGUAGUAGUUGGUUAUAUGAAACAAAAAAAAAAAGUUGAAGGAAUUGAUCGUUUAUUAAUGGUACCUGUUCAAGGUCAUUUAUUAUCUUUUAAAAGUAAUUUAAAAUCAUUUUUUGAACUGCCAGAUAUAUACGAAACUGCCCUAAAAUUCACCAAUGAUUCUUUAAGCAGUACAGGUAUAUUAACUUCAUUUUUAAAUGGUUCCACAUGGAAAAAAAUUAAAUGUUCAUUUUCGGAUAAAAUUGUGUUUUCCAUUUUUUUAUACUACGAUGAUGCAGAAAUGGGUAAUCCAGGGUAG